AUGAUUACUAUACAAUGUACAUGUGUUUUUCUUCUUAUGAUUACUUUAACAUUCAUUCAAACAAUAAAUUCAUCCGGUAUAAUUGAUAAUGAUAAAAAUGAGAAUAAAUUUGAUGAAAUUGAACAAAUUCCAUCAUUAUUAUCAUUGGAAAAAAGACAAACAAAUAUACAUGAAUGUUUAUCGAAAAAUCAUCUUUCAAAUAUAUUAAAUCGAAAUCAACGAGCAUCAAUUUCUCGUCCAUAUUUUAAUUAUUGGCGACCAGUUCGUGAUAAUGUACGUUCUUCAACAAAAAAUCCAAUACCUUUUCCACCUCGUCUAGGUCAAGCUUUUUCACCUCGUCUAGGUAAACGAGCAAAUCAAGAUAGAGAUCAAUUAGAAAAUCUUGAUAAAAAUCUUGUAAAUCGAUCAAUUGAUCUUGAAACAUUUCUUAUAACUCUUAUGAGUUAUUUACAAGAAAAAAAAAUUGAUAUUAUUUAUGAAGAUUCAACAAAAAUUUGUUUUUCACAACCAAUUGAUAUUACAUUUAUUCAACAAAUUCUUGAUAAAUAUAAUACAAAUCGACGUUAUCAAGAUGAACAAAUUAAAGAAGAUAUACAUGAAAGACAAUCAAUUGGAAAACAUCCAGUACUAUUUCGUUAUCGUCUUGGUUAA